AUGAAGUUCACUGCCACCAUCGUCGCCGCCGCCCUGGCCUUCACCGGCUCCGUGAGCGCUGCCACCUGCACUCCUGGCUUGGAUUACUGCACCGAUGUGUUGCAGGAUGUUGAUGGUGCCAACAAAGAUGCUAUCAGACAGGAACUGCGAAACAAGGGCGAGGUUUUCCUCUCCAAUGCUCCUGGCGUCUGGAGCGGCCUUCUCUUCCACUGCAACAACGACCACUCGAUUAGCCUGGCGGACAAGUGCGCUGGUGGCUGUAUUAAUGCGGGCGCCGGCAAGAGCGACAUCUGCAACCACGACGCCUCGGAUUGGCUGUAA